AUGGACACAUCUGAAAGCAAACUUGGCCCACUCGAUAUCUGUGGACUGUCCAACGGAACAAGUCGGAACUCCAGUCCUAUAGUGGUUGAACCGAAAUCACCGCUCGCGACCAACUUACCUAGCAGCAACGGCAGCGUAGAAAUGGCUAACAUCACGUGCACGUUGGAAACGAAAGAACUGUGGAACAAAUUUCACGAUCUAGGAACUGAAAUGAUAAUUACUAAAUCUGGAAGGCGCAUGUUUCCAACUCUACGUGUGUCAUUCCGGAACACUGAUCCCGACACUCGUUACUUUGUCUUGAUGGACAUCGUUCCCGUGGACAGCAAGCGGUACCGGUACGCUUAUCACAAGUCAUCGUGGUUGGUUGCAGGAAAGGCUGACCCACCCCUUCCCACCCGCUUAUAUAUGCACCCAGAUGGACCACAUUCCGGACUCAACCUACAAAAGCAGACAGUGUCAUUUGAGAAAUUAAAACUGACCAAUAACCUUUUGGAUAAAAACGGACAUAUCAUUUUAAACAGUAUGCACAAGUACCAGCCACGAAUCCACAUCGUCAAGAAGCGAGACAAUAUUAACGAAGCCACUUCCAUUACUAACUUAGAUGCUGAAGAAUUCCGAACUUUCGUCUUUCCGGAAACAGUUUUUAUUGCGGUGACUGCGUACCAGAACCAACUUAUCACAAAGUUGAAGAUUGAUAGCAAUCCAUUCGCAAAGGGUUUCAGAGACUCAAGUCGUCUUUCUGAUUUCGAAAGUGAACAACUGUUUUACAGGGAAAGUAUGGAAGGCCUGAUACAGCACCACACGUAUGCACGUUCCCCGCUACGCUCUUACGGUGAUGGUGACUACAGCGACGCAGAAUCGUUAAAACUCCGCGAAUCUUCAUUUUCCAAAGUUGGUGAACAGGGUCUGGAUAAGAAUGGAGCGAUGAUGUUACCCCACUGGGCUUUAUGGCGCCCCUCGUUAUCGGCCGGAAGUACGCCAGCCGCUUAUUCGAAUAUCGACCAACGGUUGUACGCCUGGUACGGCAGCAUGUAUGGUUUUCCCGCCACGGCCGCAGCAGCUGCGGCAGCCGGUAUUGUCUUUCCCAAUCUUGGACUCCACCCGUUACAAUUACCCGACAACCUUCGCGAACUGAGAAACGCAGCUGCGGCUGCUAACGCUUAUUCGGGACUCACGUCUUCAGACAAUUCGUCACAUUUCAUAGGUGGUUCACACAGGUUCCACCCGUAUUUGGUACCCGAAGAAGUAAAACGCGAAGGGGCAUCAUUGGUUGAAGGGACAUCACUACAACAGGUGUGUGGGCAUUUUGUUUUUGGACAAACACCUGUUGAGUUCCACGUGAUUGGACAAUAUUUUUUUUUAUAUACAUAUUGA